AUGAUUCAGUACAUUUUCUUAUUCAGCAGACACGGGAAAUGUCGUUUGCAGCAUUGGUAUCAUGCCGUGCCGUCCAAGGACAAGAAGAGAAUCUACCGCGACCUGGUCUCCCUAAUUUUGUCCAGGAAAUCAAGAAUGUGCCACUUCUUGGAAUACAAGGAUAUGAAAGUGGUAUACAAGCGCUACGCCAGCCUGUUCUUCUGUGUAGGAAUCGACACCAAUGACAACGAGUUGAUUGUCCUGGAAAUCAUUCACCGCUAUGUGGAUCUACUGGACAAAUACUUUGGCAGUGUGUGCGAACUGGACGUAAUUUUUAACUACGAGAAGGCCUACUACAUCCUGGACGAGCUGGUGCUCGGUGGAGAAAUCCAGGAGACGAGUAAGAAAACUGUCCUGAAAGCGAUCGCUACCCAGGACAGGGAGGAGGAAGAGGAAUUGAGUGGCAAGUCCAAGACUUCGUAA